AUAAUUUAUAUAUUAGUAUUGAUUCUGUAUCUCCAAACUCUCUUUAUGAAAUGAUACAAAUUUGUAGAGAUUUGAAUGGAUUAAUGAUUUAUAAUUGUUCUCAAAAUCUUCCCGGUUUAAUUUCGUUAAUUGACGCGCAGAAAAAUUUAAAAAGAUUAUCACUUUUUAAAUACAUUAAGAAGGAAUAUUGUAAAGAAUUAAGCAAUGCAAUAAAAAGGAAGUAUAAUACAUUAA